AUGACACCACAACCUGUCAAGCCGGCUUUUGGCGACAACACAACAGAGCUACUGGAAAAUCUGAGCAUAUCCGAACUGCCAAAAAGGCGACCACCACCACCGCCUCCCACUCACACCAAUGGUGCGAGCACCAGACCAGAAAACGUACCCCCUGGAUCACGAGUUCUGCCACCACAAUUAGAUGAACUACGACACCAACACAUAGGGAAGCCAAGGGGUCCACCCGGUGAACUUAACAUCUUUACCGACCCGUCUCGUGAUCGUCGGCCAAGAAGCAACUCCGAUACUUCAAUGCGUGACAAAAGCACCAAAUUCCUAGAUCCAAAUGAUGACAGAAGACGACGCGAGCGUCGACAUAGAGACCCAAGAAAAGAUGGAAAACCAAGAGCGCCCAGUCGCAGAUUGGACGUGAUUGACAAGUUGGAUGUGACAAGCAUAUAUGGGACUGGUCAAGUCUUCCACCACGAUGGACCUUUUGAUGCCUGCAACCCACAUCGAAAUCGGAAGGGAUCGCGAGCGGCUCCAAUGCAAGCAUUCCCCAAAGAUUCACGGAAUAUGGCAAUAGGAGGGUCAGGCCCCAAUAAUUCCAACAUCGAUCUUGCCCAAUUCCAUGGUCAAGGUGAAGAGGGCUACAAUGACUAUUCGACUAGUGCUGUGGUUGACGAAUACGGCGAUGGUAUCACGAGACCCGACGUCGCUACCAGAAGCGCCAGCUUCCAUCCCAUCACCAGAGUUGAGCCUUUGCACGGGGAGGAAAGCAUGGGACUGGGAACAAGCACGUUUCUAGAAGGGGCUCCUGCAAGCAAAGCCGCUCUUCAACGACGCGAAAGUGAUUACGAUGAGGUACAAAGCGGUUCUGGAGCUGGUUUGGGAAGAAAGAAAAGCUUGGCCAUGAAGAUCAGAGGCAUUUCGAACAAUCGCGUGGUUACCGGAGGAGGGAGAACCACCUCGCCCGAGCUUGGUGAGAGACGAGUGAGAACACCAACAAGCCCGCUGCGAAGCAGUCAGAGCAUGCAGGACAACAACCCGUUCUUCAAGGACUACGAUCGAGAGUACGAGAAGAAGGGUGCUCAGAUUGUGUUUGCCGAGGAGAAAGCUGGGCGGACGAGAGCACCCAGUAGUCCGAAACAACGAGGGUCGGGAUUGGAGAGAAAGACUACCAGCGAGAGCGUGGGUGAAGAGCCGAAGGCCGGUGGCGGAGGAUUCUUGAGUCGGGUCAGGAGCUUGAAGGGCGGACCCCGCAAGGCGAGGGGUGACAGGAGAGAAGCUUCUUGA